AUGGUUAGGGCAUCGUCUAUGUUAAAAAACUGUAGCUACAGGUACAUACAUUCCAUUCAUAGAUGUUUACUGAACGAAGCAAAGUUAAAGGAUGGAAAAACUUACAAUGCAGGAAAACCCUCAAACGAAAUGAUGCUUGAAGAAGCUCUUAAAGAGGAACGUAAAGUGUUUGAUGAAUCGUUUGAAGCUGGAGCAAGAGCUGAAAGCAUGAGACAUACUAAUGCUAGCAAAAUAAUUGAUAAGUAUUAUAACGGCCUGUACGAUAAUUCCAAGGGAACUAGCGUGAAGAAGGAAAAAAUUGUCUUUAAUCAUAGUCAAAAAGCUCAUAGAAAGCUUCCAAACAAAGAUCAUGAGUUUCUCAAGGAAACUGCAGGUAAUGAUUACGUGUAUCAGGGGACUGAGCCUUCUACAGUUGGCGCUAGAGCCAUAAGUGAGCAAACAAGAACUUUACUGGAACAGAUAUUUGAUAAAGAUAAUGAUGUUAGUAAAAAGAAUCAGAAAUCAUUGGAUUUCGAUCAAUACAAAGAUGUUACAGCUGAAGCUAUAAAGGAACCAGUUGCACAUUUAAACCUAAAGUUUAGUGAGGAAGUGAUGCAGGAGAUUGGUAAUAAAAUCCGCUACCAAGCUACACUAGAUCAAGUCUUGGAACCUCAUGUCGACCAUUUGAGAGGAGUUGUUAAAAAUGACUACGAUCUUUUAAAAUAUUUGGAGCAAUUGCUGGAAGCAUACAAGAACAGGGACAAGGAUCUGGAAUUAAAGAUGAAUGCUAAAUCUUUGAACAUUUUUGAGGAUAUUAGAUGUUCCUGUAUAAACAAACCCACUGAGCUACCGAAACCAUAUACGAUAACUUUACCAUAUAUCAUAUGCAAAUUGCUUACAUUAGCUGACUUUGAUUUUCCAGCGGACAGAAAAUACACGUUGAUAUCCCAUGUUUAUAACGAGUGCAAAAACAACAUGGAUGUUUCAUUAUAUUUGACCAUUUGCAACGUCGACUUCUACAAUUUAUUAAUUCAAUUAUUGUGGGAAAAUUUCCAAGAAAUUCGGUAUUUGAAGCGUGUGGUCACCGAGAUGAGCGUGAAUGGUGUCAUUGGAAAUAUCGAAACUGUGGAUAUACUAGAUAAAAUUGUUAAAGAAAUGAGAGGCUUGAAUGAAGAUAUACUCCUAGAAACGGAGGCAUUGUAUGAUACAGAUGGGGAUGUUGUGUCGGGAAACAAUACAAUUGUGAAUGUGGGUGUAUUAUGGAAUAAAGACACGAACGGCGAUUUACUAUAUAUUGAAAACUAUUUGAAAAGCCUCAAAAAAAAUCUGACUAGGGAUAGAUAG